AUGUUGAAAUAUUUACAGAGAAGUGGAAUGAAAUAUGGAUUUCAAAACAACAAGGGAGUUUUUUCAUCAGGAAUUCAUUUCAAAUCUUUAGUGUCAUCUUCAACAACUGCAAAUCAUGCUGACAUUAGUAUUACUCAUAGGGAGAAAUUUCUCUUCUCGUUAUUCACUUCUAAUACUUGUACAACAACAUCAUUCCGGCAAUUCUCUCAAUCAUUUCCAAGAAUUUCAUUGGACAACCAAAAGAUGAUGACAUUUGAGACUCAGGAACACCAAACUAAAUUCAAUACGGAAGACCAAUCAUCCAACUCGAAUGAAGAAACCAAGAAAAAAGGCUUCUCCUUUCUCAAAUUUCUCAAAAAGCUCAUCAAAUACAUGACCCUUUCAGUUGCCUCGGUCAUGGGUCUACUGGCAGUGUGUUUACCUCCUGGGUUGAUGGUGGAUUUCAAAGAGGAGCUCGAAAAAGGAGGUUAUCGAGCAGUACUUGCUGCUCUUUUGGAUGCGUACAAAGACACUUGGAAUAUUCUCACAAGAUUUACGCAAUCAUGCUACUCCAUUGUACAAGUCAUGACCAUUUAUCGAAACCUUAAUAAGGAUUUUGAGCCAAAAUUUGAAAACAUCUCCAAGAGCAAGAGCGGUGACGAUGCAUCCAACUCAUCUGAAGAAGAGCUGCAAGUAUUGCGUGAUUAUGUGAAAGCCCGAAGAGAAGCCAAUGCGAAGGCGGCAGAAAUUUUACUCGAUCUCUGUUUAAAGAAUGGAGGCGCCUAUGUGAAAGCAGGCCAAUACAUUGCAUCUCUCAAUUAUAUUAUGCCAAAAGAGAUUACGGACAUUUUGUCAGUACUACAAGACAAGUGUCAACAACAUGAUUUUUCAGUGACAGAGACAAUUCUUUUGGAAGACUUGGAUCGAGAUUAUCGAGAAGUUUUUUCCUCCUUUGACACGACACCUAUUGCCAGCGCCAGCAUUGCACAAGUACACAAAGCCACUUUGAGAGAUGGAAAUCAAACGGUGGCUGUAAAAAUUCAACAUCCCAAUUUGAUGCGUAUAUUUAAGGCUGAUUUGAAAACGAUGCAAUUUUUACUCUUUUCAACUAAAUUAUUUUUCGAUUUUCCGUUCGCAUGGACGUUGCCAGAGUUUGAGAGAAUUUUAUUGAGCGAAUUAGAUUUUGUGAAUGAAGCUGCUAAUUGUUCGCACUUUUCACAAAUGUUCAAAGAUUAUCCUGAUCAUCAAAUUGAUGCACCACGUGUUCAUUGGAAUUUAACAAGCAAACGAAUAUUAACUAUGGAUUUUAUUGAAGGAUGCAAAAUCAAUGACUUACAAGCUUUGGAAAGAAUGAAUAUUGAUCCAAAAGAUGUAGCCAAAUUAUUGGUGGACAGCUACUCUAUUCAGACAUUUAUUCAUGGCUUUGUUCAUAGUGAUAUACAUGUUGGAAAUUUACUAGUGAGGCGCUCAGACAAGAACAAACCUCAACUCAUAUAUUUGGAUCAUGGUUGCUACAAAAAACUAGAUGAAGAAACUAGGAAAGAUUAUUGUCAGUUAUGGAAGGCUGCAAUUUUUAGAGAUCAUGAUAAUUUGAAACUUUACACUGAAAAAUUUGGAAUUGAAGGAAGAUUUUACCCACUCUUUGGAUUGUUCUUAACAUUUUCAAAUUAUAUGGAUAAAAGCUCAAGCUCCAUGGUUGACCAACGAAAGAACAUGACCAGUGAAGAAGCAAAGAAAAUGUUCAAACAAAUUCGAGAGACCUUUUUCCCUAAAAGCACUCACAAGGCUCAAGAUUUAUUCAACAUCAUUGAAGAAAUGUUCAAGAACAUGAAAUUGGACCUUAUUUUACUCAUGAGAGCCAAUGUUCAAUUAAGAUCCAUCACUCGAGAAUUGGGUAGGCCCAUCAAUCGAUUCGCAGUCAUGGCAGAAUAUUGUUUAAAGGGAAUUCACUACGAGAGACACAAUUAUGACAUGACAUGCAUUCCACACCGAGAAGCCGAUCAAAGACAAGUACAAGUCACUCACAUUCGACCAACAUCCUUCUUCCACCAACUCACUGUAGAAUUGUUCAAAUUCAAGCUGAGCUUGUUUGUGUUAGAUUUAGCCUUUGUAUUUUUCAACUUGUCCAUGAGUAUUUUGAGAUAUUUCAAUCCUUCCAAAUAUGAGGAAGCACAAGACGAUCGAGAGACUUCACAUGCGAAAAGAAGAUUGGAACGAAUGAAACAAAAGAAGGCAAUGGACGAAGAUGUGGCAUCUUCGAAAGAGGACAUUGAAGAUUUAUCUGCUCAAAAGUAA